AUGCCGAUCCCCAUCCCAUCAGCCGACCGAUUGGUCGAUCUGUUCAGCCUAAAGAAUAAGGUUGCCGUCAUUAACGGUGCCUCUGGAGCCCAAGGAAUCGGCUUCGAGGCAGCCUUGAUCAUCACCUACUUCAACCGAGAGGAACAAGCCAAGGAGAACGCCGCUAGUCUUAGUGAAGAGUUCAACGUCAAAGCAGCCGCCUACCACUGUGAUGUCACGUAA